UGGCGGGAGUGACCGUGGGGCUGUGGACCCGCAGAGGGGACUCUCCAGUCUCGCGCAGCAGCACCUGUCAUAAAUGGCACUGGCUCCGCGUCGUCAUCAGGAGAGGCAGAAGAAUGCUCAAGAGAAAUUCCAUGAUCUGUACAAUCUUCUUGAAGCAAACUCAGACCAGAGGAAGAAUUGUCCUUGACCUUUGAAGACUAAGACUAAACUGAAAUUUAAAAUGUUCUUUAGGGACAAAUGGAGCUUGACUUACACUUGUGUAAUAAUUUGUUUCCUGACACUAAGGCUGUCCACCAGUCAGAACUGCCCUACCAAGAGUCUAGAAGAUGUUGUCAUUGACAUCCAGUCAUCUCUUUCUAAGGGAAUUAGAGGCAAUGAACCCAUACAUACAUUAACUCAGGAAGACUGCAUUAAUUCUUGCUGUUCAACAAAAAACAUAACAGGAGACAAAGCAUGUAACUUGAUGAUCUUCGACACUCGAAAAACAGCUAGACAACCCAACUGCUACCUUUUUUUCUGUCCCAGCGAGGAAGCUUGUCCGCUGAAACCAGCAAAGGGACUUAUGAGUUACAGGAUAAUUAGAGAUUUUCCAGCUUUGGCCAGAACGAACUCGCCAAGCCCAGCGUUAACCCAAGAAGAUUCUCUUAUCCAUGGCCAGUCUUCACAGGGAAUCACUCCCACCCCCACAGGGUAUUCAAAGCCCACCGAUAGUUUCUGGAGAGAUGCAUUUUCUCAGCAGUUUGGAUCCUCAGAUCACUCGGAGAAACUAUUCAAGAUUGGUCAAGCAAGUAAACCGUUCCCUGUUUAUAAAGAAAAAGGCCAUUCACAGAGUUCACAGUUUUCCUCAGAGCAAAAAAUAGCUCGUCUCCUACCUGAACAUGUGACAACGCUCCCUACGAUGAUGACCAUUGCUUCUCAGCGUAUCACCACUACCCCCCCAAAGCCUGCAUUGCCCCCUACCACCAAUGUUCCCGUGAUACCUUCUGUGACUUCUGAACCAGAGAUGGCCACCUCAGCUCCAGCCCUAACCCCGGGCAAGUUGCAGCCCCCCACAACCCUCUUGUCUACCGUUUUGACCCAUGCUGUGGUCAUACCCAAAGCUAGCAUAACUACAGCAGCCGUUUCAAACGCCAUCUCUGGGGCGCCCAUAGACUGGAAAAGCCCCGCAGAAACGGUGCCCUUUCGAGAAAUUUCCAGCCUCACUUCAAACGCAGAGGAUGCCCAGAGUAACCCCAUUACACUUUCUCUGUCAACUGUGGAUUCAUCUGCAGCUAUGCUGCUUUUGUCAGAUGUGGUUUCUUCUGCUCCAAAUAAAACUGCUUCCCAGGAAAAUGAGAAGGCCAGACCCGGUGGUUCCUCCCUGAACAGUAUUCCAGAAAGUCAACACGGCCUUCCAUUUGAAAAAUGGCUCCUCAUCGGAACCCUGCUCUUUGGGGUUCUGUUCCUAGCCAUAGGCCUUGUCCUUUUGGGUAGAAUGUUCUCAGAAUCCCUCCGCAGGAGACGUUAUUCGAGACUGGAUUAUUUGAUCAAUGGGAUCUAUGUUGACAUCUAAGAAGGAAACUAGAUGUCUCUUAAUUCCCGUAGUUACUAGUAGCCCCAACCCAGUGACUUCCUGCUGACUCACCGGUCAUAGCAGGAUUUCUGAAGCAUCCUGAAGAAGGUAGAUGCCCCCUACAACUUUCUUUUUGCUUGGUGUUUGAAGACAAGAGGAGAAAGGAAACUAAUUAGGUAAUUUGAGUGACUUCGCUCUAAAAUAUUUGCUGAAAACAAAGCUCAACCUAAAGUAAUAAAGUGUAAUUGGCAUAUAAAUUAAAAAAUGACUGGCUUUUUGCAAGGAAAAGUGGUUAGGACUUUUGGGCUCCAGUUCAUUAACAUUUCUGGUUCCAGAUAAAGCCAACUGUUUAUGAUAUUAAUUCUAAUGGAUUUACUUUCCUUUUUAUAUGAAUUCCAAUAAAAGUUAUUCCAGAUGUAUUUCCUUCCAAUUAAAUAUUUGAAUAAAUCUUUUGUUACUCAGUAA